CCGUUCAUGUAACUCGGUUUGAGUCCUGUUUGGAAAAUGAGUAAUUUCUCAAAUGACAGAAGACAAGAGAUAGACAUAACUGAUGCACGUGACGAUCUCCUGGCCUGUGUGAAACCUGGAAAGUACUUGUGCGCCGGAGUAUUCAUCACAACACUGGGUGCAGCUUAUGCUUCACAAGAAAUUUAUAUGUACAGAACAAAGAACUUUGUAAAGAGCCGAAACCGAUGGUUACUUCCAUUUGGAGCAGCUUUUAUAGCCUCUUAUGGUUUCUUUAUAAACAUCUAUCUCAAAUGUAGGAAAGAAGUGCUGAAGGACUAUCCCCAGUUAAACAAGACUAGACAGCCAUCUUCAUCUAGUAGUCCAAAAUCAACUGAAUUUGAUGAUGACGAAACUUCAAGCACGUAGAAAGAAAGAGAAUGUGUAUUUAAACACUUUAUUAAAGGAUGGCCAUGCCCCAAGGGAGAUAAUUACCUAGUUGUAUAUACAUAGUGAACAGCUGUCAGUGAUUGUUUGUUUGGCCAUUUGUCAUCCUGUUGUGUGUGAAACAGUUUGCAAGACUGCUCAAGACUGUUCAAGAUCAAACUAUAUUCUGUUUGUCUACCUCACGCUCUGAAACAUGCAUACAAUACAUUGUGGAAUGACACUGUACUUUGAUCGAGACUUGAUUAAUCUUCAUUCAUUAAGCAUUCUAGCUGUUAAUUUGAUAAUGGAGAAAAGCAUAUGAUGUGUAGAUUAUGUAAUGAAAACAUGUUAGCUUAUCAUUUAAAGUUGUCAUCAAAAUGUAAAAGUUGCAUCUCUUUAAGUGGAACACUGACCCAGAUAAGCAUGUACUGGGAUCCAUCUUGUAUAAAUGUUAGAUCUCUGGCCCCAAGGGUUUGGAGGGAUGGGACCCAAUUUAAAAUCCUACUCCUCUUGUAAGAAUGAUUAGGUACUGCCCAAAUUUAAUCUGAAGCAGUCUUGGGUAAAGGGGAAUCAAUUUUGUAUAAAUAGCAGGUCUCGGCCCCCUGGGGCGGGGCCCAAUAAGGGAAAAGAGGAAAUCCUACUCAUCCUGUAGAAAUUAACAAGUAGAAUAAGGAUGGAGCAUCAACACCUGAAGGAUACCUAGUUAAAAGAAUUAUUAUUUUGUAUCAACCUGGAGUUUAACAUAUCUGAGAUUUGGGGCCCAACAGGGGAAAUGUAAGUUUGGUCUAAAGCAAUUUUUAUGAUUGUGAAUCUGACUUCACUUUGACCACAAGGCUAGGACCCAAUAAAGAGAUAUCAUUUCAAAAA